AUGCCUGAGAGGGGCCAUAAGUUGUUAAUGGCUUUGUCAUCGCAAAGGAAACAAUCAUUCGGUGAAACUGUCAGCAGAAAAACUAUGUGUCGAUCAGGGACUGUCACCAGAACGAUGGCCUUGCAGGAGCAGGUCUGGCCAGUCCCAAUGAAGGCAAUUGGAGCACAAAACCUUUUGACAAUGCCUGGAGGAGUGACCAAAUCAGGGUAUCUUCAUAAAAAAGGAGGCACCCAGCUGCAGAUCUUGAAGUGGCCAUUGAGAUUUGUGAUUAUCCAUGAGGGAUGUAUUUACUAUUUUAAGAGCAGCACAUCUGCAUCUCCACAGGGUGCAUUUUCUUUGAAUGGUUACAACAGGGUUAUGAGGGCAGCUGAGGAGACAACAUCAAGCAAUGUGUUUCCUUUCAAGUUAGUACAUAUUAGCAAGAAGCACAGGACGUGGUUUUUUUCAGCUUCGUCUGAAGAUGAAAGAAAGAAUUGGAUGCUAUCCCUGAGGAGGGAAAUUGAUCACUACCAUGAGAAGAAAGAAACAAUAACAGAAUUCAGUGACUCUGGUUCUGAUGCAGACAGUUUCUAUGGCUCGGUAGAACGUCCCAUUGAUAUCAAGUAUUCUCAUCAUUCAGCAGAUAACGAAGAUUAUGACCAGGAGGAAGAGGAUGAGUCUUACUUGCAGCCAGAUACUUCUGACAUAGUGAAAGAUGAUAUGGUCCUGCCCCCAGCUUACCCGCCUCCACCGGUUCCUCAUGUCAGAAAAGCUGCCUACUCAGAAUCAAGGGCAAAUUCCUUUGCUGGCAAAUCUACUGUGCCAGCACCACCACCGCCUCCUAAAAGAAGCUUACCUGAUGUCAAACUAGAUGAUUUCUUAAACAGCAGAGAAACCCAGUUACAGUGCCGAGGUGAACCUAAUCUAAAGAUUCAAUCCUCAAGCCGGAGACUAAGUGAACAGAUGCCCCCUGUACCCCCUCUACCUCUUUUCAAAAAGCCUGCCUGUGUCAAAGAAACUUGCUCAUUGCCUGCAGAGCCUCUGCCUUUAGCUCAAUUUCUUGCUACUCCAGAAGGAUGUGAGAAGCUAAAAACCUUAAAUCUUUCACCGCGAACUCCUCCUCCACUACCAAGCAGUAAACCCAAGCUGUCACAGUUUACUGAAAAACCAGUAGAGCCCAAAGUGCCAAGAGAACAUGGUAAACCUGGACUGUUUGUGCCACCAGUGCUCCCAAAGCCACCUGUGCCAAGCCACCAGCCCCCUGGAAUCAAGCCUAGACCAGAGAAGUCUUCAUGUCCCCAGUUACAGAGAUCACCACCAGAUGGACAGAGUUUUAGAAGCUUCUCAUUUGAAAAACCAGCACUACCCUCCAAGCCAAACCAACCUGAUGAUGAUUCUGAUGAUGACUAUGAAAAAGUUGGGCUGCCUGCUUCAAUAUUUCUUAAUACCUCUGAAUCCUUUGAAGUUGAAAGGACAUUUAAAGCUAGUAGCCCACGGGGACAACCGCAAAAUGGAUUGUACUGUAUCAGAAACUCAUCUACUAAGCCUGGAAAGGUAUUGGUUGUAUGGGAUGAAUGUGCAGAAAAAGUGAGAAACUACAGAAUCUUUGAAAAGGAUUGCAAGUUUUACCUGGAUUCAGACAUCAUGUUUUUGAACAUGGGAAGUUUGGUUGAAUACUAUAGCACUCAUGUCUUGCCUAGUCACGACAGCCUGAUUCUUCAGUGUCCUUAUGGUUACUCUAAACCAAGGUGACAGGACUGGCAUAAUUCACUGACACUUAAGACAACUGGGUUCCCUGCUGCCCUUGAAUUAAAUGUGGACUCCUGCCACUGCUGGACAUCCCGCUCUUUGCACACAGA